AUGCAACUGGAAACGAAGAUAUCUUCAAAAUCAGACGGUGACGAAGACGACAGCAGCUCUGUUUGGUCUUCUCCACGAAUUAGAGAGCUGACACAACCCGCCAAAAAUCCAUAUAUCGAGUUGAGCGACGGCCACACAUCGGAGGACGACCAUGAAGAAACGAGUGCGCCAACGGCGACGACACCAGCGUCCCAUGCCACACGCGGAGACUACGCCUCGCACUCACUGUCGAAUGAUGACUUGUGGCACAUUCCACGCCUUCCAAAUAUCAGCGCUGGUAUGGAGAUCGAACGCAAAUAA